UCAGUACCGAAAUGGGGAAUAAAAGUCACGAAGGUGAUUUGCAGUGAGGGCAGUUGCUCCCUGUACAAUGCUUCGUUACCUUUGAUCUUCCCGUUGUUUUUGUAGCACAUACAAAAGGAUAAUACACAUUGGUGCACAGUUGAAACCAUGGAGUCCAUGCUGAAUAAAUUGAAGAGCACCGUUACAAAGGUAACGGCUGAUGUCACCAGUGCAGUCAUGGGAAACCCUGUUACCAGGGAGUUUGAUGUGGGCCGUCAUAUUGCCAGUGGAGGUAAUGGUCUGGCAUGGAAGAUAUUUAAUGGAACUAAAAAAUCAACGAAACAGGAAGUGGCUGUUUUUGUCUUUGAUAAGAAGCUAAUUGACAAGUAUCAAAAAUUUGAAAAAGAUCAGAUUAUUGAUUCUUUAAAACGAGGUGUUCAACAGCUAACCAGGCUUCGACACCCUCGACUGCUUACUGUUCAACAUCCAUUGGAAGAAUCUAGGGAUUGCUUGGCAUUUUGUACAGAACCAGUCUGUGCAAGUUUAGCUAAUGUUCUUGGCAACUGGGACAAUCUACCUUCUCCUUUACCAUCUGAUAUUAAAGAAUACAAACUUUAUGAUGUGGAGACCAAAUAUGGUUUGCUUCAGGUUUCUGAAGGCUUGUCAUUUUUGCAUAGUAGUGUGAAAAUGGUCCAUGGAAAUGUUACUCCUGAAAAUAUAAUUUUGAAUAAGAGUGGAGCAUGGAAAAUUAUGGGCUUUGAUUUUUGCAUCCAGUCAACAAAUCCAUCUGAACAGGAGCCAAAGUUCCCUUGUAAGGAAUGGGAUCCAAAUUUACCAUCCUUGUGUCUUCCAAAUCCUGAGUAUCUGGCACCAGAAUAUAUUCUGUCUGUGAGCUGUGAGACAGCCAGUGAUAUGUACUCUCUAGGAGCUGUUAUGUAUGCAGUGUUUAAUAAAGGGAAACCAAUUUUUGAGGUCAACAAGCAAGAUAUUUAUAAAAGCUUUAGUAGACAGCUGGAUCAGCUGAGCCGUUUAAGCUCCAAUACUCUUCAGAAUAUACCAGAGGAGGUGCGUGAACACGUAAAGCUACUCUUAAAUGUAGCUCCAGCGGUCAGACCAGACGCAGAUCAAAUGACUAAGAUACCAUUCUUCGAUGAUGUAGGAGCAAUGACACUUCAAUAUUUUGAUUCAUUAUUUCAAAGGGAUAACCUGCAGAAAUCACAGUUUUUUAAAGGGCUACCAAAGGUUCUGCCAAAACUACCUAAGCGUGUUAUAAUUCAGCGAAUUUUGCCUUGCUUGACUUCUGAAUUUGUGAAUCCUGAUAUGGUACCCUUCGUCUUGCCUAACGUUCUCCUUAUUGCUGAGGAAUGCACCAAAGAGGAAUAUGUCAGGCUCAUUCUGCCUGAUCUUGGUCCUGUUUUUAAGCAGCAAGAACCAAUCCAGGCAAGCAACAUGAUUUUGUUAAUCUUCCUGCAAAAAAUGGACUUACUUCUAACCAAAACUCCAGCAGAUGAAAUAAAGAACAGCGUUCUACCAAUGGUUUAUAGAGCCUUGGAAGCACCUUCAAUUCAGAUCCAGGAGCUUUGCCUAAACAUAAUUCCCACGUUUGCCAAUUUAAUAGAUUACCCAUCAAUGAAAAAUUCAUUAAUUCCAAGAAUUAAAAAUGCAUGUUUGCAGACUUCUUCUCUUGCUGUCCGGGUAAACUCACUAGUGUGCUUAGGCAAAAUUUUGGAGUACUUGGAUAAAUGGUUUGUACUUGAUGAUAUUUUACCUUUUCUACAACAAAUUCCGUCAAAGGAACCUGCAGUGCUUAUGGGAAUUUUAGGUAUUUACAAAUGUACUUUCACUCACAAGAAGUUGGGAAUUACCAAAGAGCAGCUUGCAGGAAGAGUAUUGCCCCAUCUGAUUCCUCUUAGUAUCGAGAACAAUCUUAAUCUCAAUCAGUUCAAUUCUUUUAUUUGUGUUAUAAAAGAUAUGCUUAACAGAUUGGAGGCAGAACAUAAAACAAAACUUGAGCAACUUCAUGUCAUGCAAGAGCAACAGAAAUCUUUGGAUAUAGCUAACCAAAUGAGUGUGUCUGAAGAGGCAAGAUCUAGUGGUACAAACAAUCAGAUCGACAAGGUAUUUAAUAGUAGUGGAACUGACCUUCUAACUAGUGGAUCUGAUAGUAAAGAAAAUGAGAUGUCAUCAAUACAGAAGAAGGCAUCACUUACACUGGAAGAGAAGCAAAAGUUAGCUAAAGAACAAGAACAGGCACAGAAACUGAAAAGCCAGCAACCUCUUAAGCCACAAGCAACUGCAAUAACACCUCCAGUGAAGCAGACAAAAGACUUGACAGAUACCUUGAUAGAUAAUAUGUCAUCUUUGACUAGCCAUCCUAUCAACAAAGUUCAAGUUGCAUCUGCAAACAGCUUCUCUUCUGUUCCUUCUAUGGGUGUUGGAAUAGGAUUUUCGUCACCUGUUGACAACACAAAGCGAAAUAUGACAAAUGGGCUAAAUACAAAUAUGGGUUUUCAGACUGCUGGAUUCAGUAUGGGAGCAGGUCUCGCCACUCAAAAUUUCUUCAGUGGUCCAAGUGCAACAGGAGCAACCAAGAUGAACAUUGUACCAACUGCCAGUAUGCCAAAUUACAGUCCUAUGAAUGCUGCAUCUGCAGUCUCUCCGUUGACACAACAAAACAGACCUCCAGAUAUGUCUGCUCUAGAUAAUCUUUUUGGUCCUCAGAAACCCAAAGUUAGCAUGAAACAGUUGGCUCAACAGAAAUCAAACCAGUGGGUUAAUCAGUUUGUACCACCACCAGGGUCCCCGAAUGCAAGCAGUUCAGUCUUGGGACCUCAGAUGAACAUGAUGGGACAGCCUGGCUUUGGUAUACAGGGUAAUCCUUUCUUUUCUCCUCAGAACUUUGCACAGCCAGCAAACACAAUGACAAACAGCAGCUCAGCUAGUAAUGACUUAAAAGAUCUUUUUGGGUAAAAUGUUUUGUUUUCUUCUUUCAAAGACUGAUGAAAUUUGGAUCAUGGGUAAGCUGAUUAACAUCUUUUUUUGAUUAGUAAAAGCACGAUUUGGGGAAACUUUCAGCCCAGCAAAGUAAAGACUUUUGCACUGGAAAAAAGGCUGAUGUUGUAUUCACCUGGUACUGCAGUGGAAUUACGUAAGUGCAAAGUCAUCUUACAUGCUAAAGAUUUCCUGUCUCUUUACUGAAAAUGAGAACGAUGAAUGUAGGAUGCAUAUAUACAACUGAAAAAGAAGCAUAUCAGAAUUAAUCAGAGGUGUACUCAAUCAACUCCUAUGAAAUUUCGUACAAAAUUUUGUUUCUUAGGUUCACCAAAAAUGCUUAGGGUAUAAUGAUUCUAAUGAUUGCAACCCUCCACAAUUAAUUCAUGUUGCCUCAAUUUAGCACAAACUGUCAUUUUUGCCAUAUGACGGUUUGAAGAAAGGAAAUUCUUAUGCUGGCCCAAAAAUUUCAAUAGCCACGUUAUAUAGAAAGAACUCUAACCAAUAACUGUGAAAGAGGCUAAGAGAGCAUAUUUUGACUUUCUUUUCUAUCUAUAUAAUUAUAAUUAAUAGGUAGUAAACUACAAGAUUCAUCAGGCAUAAGAAGUUGUUUUAAAAUUUUGUACAAGUUUGGGACAGAGUAAGAACACUGCUUCAAAGGUCAUGCUUGUUUACAAUCUCUUUUAUAAUGCCAGAUCUUUGUUACAAGCCCCAUAGCAAAAGCAACAUACCACUUAAACAGGAUUUUAAAAUACAGAUGGUGACUUCAUCACAUUUAUUAUAUAUUUCAGUGUUUUGGCUUAUUUGAUACCACUUAUAACUGAUGUGUAAAAAAGAAUGGUGGUAGAUAUGAAACCUCACAAAAUGAAUGUUCUCUGUAAAAUUCGCGUGUUGACUGCCACAACUGUGUAACUAAACAGUUCUGUGUAACUAAACACACAUUAUAUAGUUACACAGAAAUAUCUUGAAUUAAUCCAUAAUUUUUGGCUCAAUUGAGAAGAUGGAAAAGGAUUGCCUUAUACAAGUUAACAUGGUUGUGUGAAAAAGGAGACUACCGUAAAUUGCCAUGACUAAAAUGAACUAUUUAAUUUUGUUUUAACUCAAGUCGUUAUGAAGGAUAGAUUGACAUGAAGUGAGUUCUCAAAUAUGGAUUUGUAAUCUCUAGAAUAUAUGGUAAAUACACAGGUAUUUGAGAUCCUUUUUAUUGUAUUGCUCUAAAGUCAAUAAAGCUCUCCAGAAAUCCAA